GAAAACCCAUCCAUCAAUUUUCUCUUCUUCUUCUUCAACCAACCUUCUUCAAGUCUCUUUCAGCUACCCACAUUCAUUGUCCUCUAUCUCUCGCAUGCAAGUGUUAUCGCAUUUAAUCCAAUCUUCUCUCUAUAUCUCACCGUUCCUUCAAAUCUUUAUCAUUUUCAGAUCACAAUUUCAUUUCAUAAUCAACCCCCCACUGUACCUUUUCUCCUCUAAAAGAUGUCUGUUGAUCUUGAAUCUCUAUCCGAAGCAACUUCCGGAGCCAUUGGAGCUCUCUUAAGCACCACAAUCUUGUAUCCAUUAGAUACUUGUAAGACCAAGUAUCAAGCCGAAGUUCAACUUCAUGGCAAGCGAAAAUAUCGGAACUUAACUGAUGUUUUCUUGGAAGCUAUAUCUGGAAACAAACUACUUUCUUUGUAUCAAGGUCUUGGAACGAAGAAUCUUCAAUCAUUCAUCUCUCAGUUUGUUUAUUUCUAUGGGUAUAGCUAUUUCAAAAGAUUGUAUUUGGAAAAGAGUGGUUCAAAAUACAUUGGAACUACAGCAAAUCUGAUUAUUGCUGCUGGUGCUGGAGCUUGCACAGCCAUUGUUACUCAGCCCUUGGAUACAGCUUCCUCAAGGAUGCAAAUAUGUGAAUUUGGGAAAUCAAAAGGACUUUGGCAAACUCUGACUGAAGGCAGUUGGAGUGAUGCAUUUAAUGGUCUAGGCAUCUCUCUUUUAUUGACUUCAAAUCCUGCAAUUCAGUAUACAGUUUUUGAUCAGCUUAAGCAAAGAAUUUUGAAGAGUGAGCAGAAGAAAUCAGAUGGAUCAUCUCCAAUAGGUUUAUCCGCCUUCUAUGCAUUUCUCUUGGGUGCUAUUUCGAAGAGUAUCGCUACUUGUCUCACUUACCCAGCUAUUAGGUGUAAGGUCAUGAUGCAAGCUCCUCACCCUCACGAUGACACGAACGACAAGAAAGCAAGACGAAGGUCACGCAAGACAAUAUCGGGAACCCUUUAUUCAAUUUGGAGGGAAGAAGGCUUGCCCGGUUAUUUCAAAGGACUACAUGCACAAAUAUUGAAAACAGUACUUGCUUCGGCAUUACUUCUGAUGAUAAAGGAAAAGGUAGCUGCAUUUACAUGGAUCCUAAUACUCGCAAUCAAAAGAUACAUAUUACUGAAACCGCGGUUGAAGAAUGUCUACAAUGCAAGAAAAUAAGGGGGGAUGGUGUUUUAUUUCAAUCUUCAGGUAGAAACAAUAGUAUUAUCAGUAUAAAAUAAAAAUAAAAGUAGCAAUAAUUUGCUAGGAGAGAAAGGACUUCUUUCAAAUAAUUCACUGAUCUUGAGUGUUAUCAACAAUGUUGUUUGAGGAUUAGUAUGUCAUUUUCUUUUAGAUUUUGUUUUCAAUGACAAAUUUUAUU